CAUUUCACCCGUGCCAAGGACCAAUACACAAAAAAGUUAUUAUGGACUUCCAUAUUUAAACCCAGAAAAACAAAAUGUUUUUUAUUCAAUGCCGAAACCCGAUGAAGUGGCGGCAGCAACAUCUUUUGAUGAUGAUUUUUCGUCACCAAAUUCGUCUUUAAUUCAAUCAGCACAAUCUUCUUCUCAUGACUGUCCUUCAGCAAAAUCUUCAUCAAUUAAAGGAAAACAGAAAGUCAAGUCGGCAAGCAAACUAUGUAGCUGGAAGGAUGAUGAUGAGGUGCUUCUUCUCAUUAAAACGUUUCAUGAUUUUACUAAAUCAAGAAAUAAAAUAAUUUUGGGAAUGGCAUUUUGGAAGAAAGUCCAAUCGGAAAUGUUUGCCAAAUCAGGAUGCACGAAGACUGCAAAGCAGUGCGAAUCAAAGUGGAAACAAUUAACUAGAUCAUACAAACAAAAUUUAUUUUAAAAAAACCAAACUGGUGAGGAGCCAAUAACUUGGGAAUUCUUUGAUUAUAUGCACGAGAUUAUGUUUGAGAAACCGGAAAUUAACCCUCCAGCUUUAGCUUCAAACAUUGAGGGUUACAGAAGAAGAAUUAUAGAAAUAGUUAAAAAACUUCUAAAAAAACAGUCACGACAAACAAACUGAGGAGGAAAUCGUGGAAGAGGAGAAGGAAGGGGAAGAAGAAGAAGAGGAGGAGGAUGAGGAGGAGGAAGAGGAGAAGAAAGAGGACGAAUUCGAAGAAGAAAAAGUAUUAAAAGAAAAAAGAAAAGUUUUUAAACAAGAUAUUAAAAAAAAACGCCAUAAUUACAAGAAAUCUUCUUUCGAUUUACACAGAGAAGAGGCAAAAAUUCGACAUAAAGAGAAUUUAGAAAGAAAGGACAAACUUUUGUUCUUAAUGGGACAAUUUCUUAAAAAGAAAAAUAAAGGAAAGAAAAGAAAGUAGACGGUCGUUCAUUACGAUUGUCUUCAUCAUGUUUUCUUAUUCUUUAUUCGUUUUUUUAAAGAGAAUUUCAAACAGUAUUAUACUUUUUAUUA